AUGCGGCCUUCCCUCACCCUCUUUCAAGUCGCCAGUACCAUCACCUCCGCCUCAAGCCCAUGGCAAGCAAGCUGGCUCUUAGGCCAACGCCUGGCAACUUUACAAAAACUCGCCCGCGCAACGGGGAUACCGAGUACCGGGACGCGCAAGGUAUUAGCCGAGCGUAUUGGGGAGGCACUGGAUCUACAAAGUGCUGGUCGCACGACGAAUGUCGAAUUUGAGAAAAAGGCUGGCGCCUUAAGUGUGUUGAGUAUUGACAUGGGGAUUCAGAAUCUGGCAUUUGCGCAUCUUAGGGUUGAUAGGCCUUUUCAUGGGAUUGAGAAGGGUGUUGUCGGAGGUGUUUCGAGGCCUGAGCUCACGGCCUGGAGGCGGUUGCCUUUGUCGGAUAUUGCUACUUUAAGAGAGAAUUGUGCUGGUGCGAUCGCCCCGGCUCCUAAGGAUGGGUCUGUGGUUGAUUUGGCUUUGAAACAGGCUUCGUCAGUGACGAUAUCAGAAUCGGGGCUAGCAACCGAAUCAAAUCCAAAUCCCAAUCCCAAUUCCAAGUCCAAGUCCGAAGAAUCGAACUCGGAUUUAGACGCAGAUGACGAAGCUACCAAAAAGAAAACCCCCUCCUUCGAUCUACCACAUUACGCCGAAACAGCCCACACCCUCCUCCACACCCUCGUCGCCAUGUACAAACCAACGCACAUCCUCAUCGAGCGCCAACGUUUCCGCUCCGGAAGUUCGAGCCAUGUACAAGAGUGGACAUUACGAGUCGGACUCUUCGAAGCAAUGCUCUACGCCGCACUAGAAUCCAUGAAGAAAGAGCGCGGCGGCAAUUUGGCUGGCGUCGGCGUCUACGGGAUUGAUCCGAAACGCGUGGUGCAGUACUGGGGAGAGAAAGAGCCUGGCUUCACCAUUGUUGAAGAUGGAGGUGAUAAGAAGCGGAAACCGACGAGUCGGGAGGUUAAGAAGGCUAAAAUCGAUACUGUGGCGAGAUGGUUGGAGGCGGCACUUUCUGAAACUGAGAGCUCUUCUACGUCUGCUGCUGCGCAUCGCAAAAUCGAUUUACUGGGCGAGUCUUCGCCUCCUAGAACUCUGGCCGAGGCGUAUCUGGCCAGACUCCGGACUGGCGUUAAGCGUGGGCCGAAAGUUGUGCCCGUGUUGAAGGACCUUACCAAGCUAGACGAUCUGGCGGAUUGCUUGCUGCAGGGCGUUACUUGGGUUGAAUGGAUCCGCAUGCGUGAAUUGGUGUUGCGGAAAGGCGUGGCGGCUAUAGAAGAUAGUUGA